UUCAAACAAAGAUGGCGAGUAGGUAGUCUUGUCAAACUUUUCUUAGUUUCUGUAUAUUUUUGUCCUAGUUUUGCCUUUUUUCCAUUAAGAAUAAAAAUAUUUAGCACUUUUCUUGCAAUGUACGGUCCGGCCGGUUUUGAGGACUUUUCUGACGACGAUGACUUGGAUUUCGGCGAUGGAGGCUUUCAAUUCAGUUCAAAUUACAAACCUCAACAGCCUUUGAAGCAAUCUACACCGUCGGGAGCUGUUGCUAGUCCGAAGCAAAACGUCAACCAKUUCAAUGACAGCAAUACAAAUAGUAUGGGUAGAGGCAGAGGUGUUCUUGGUAACGGUUCAAGAGGUGGCGGGGGAUUUCCACGAGCUGGCCACAACAACAAUGCUGGAAGGGGACAAAGAAGUCCCUUUGCUAAGAAGACCCAUCAAAAACCAGCCAAGCCAAAAGAUCCCGGCCCUAAUCCUAUGAUUCUUGAAGAUUUAAAAGUUGCCUCAAUCAAAGGKUCAAAGGAGACUGUAUCAAAGCUUUUAGAACAAGGGAUUCCUAUAGACUAUGUGCUGCCAUCUGGAUGGACAGCCCUCAUGCAUGCUGCAAGAGAGGCAUCAGAUGAUGUUGUUGAGCUACUCCUCAAGAGAGGUUCCAAUGCUAACUAUCAAAAAGAAAUGUUCACUGUGCUAAUGGCUGUUUGUGACUGUGAUUCUGCUGUUGAAGAAGAAAAGGUUUUACGCUGUGUUGAACUACUUCUUGAACAUGGUGCUAAAACUGGUGUUUAUGACAGGCAUAGAAUGUCACCAUUGAUAUAUGCUGCAAGGCAAGGCAGAGUCAUGGUCUGUGAAAGGCUCCUUCAAAAAGGAGCUCAAAUCAACAAGACUGAUGGCCGUGGAUGGACUGCAUUAUCUUGGGCAGCAAGCAGAGGUCACGGUAGGUUAAUCAGAGUGCUACUGGACCAUAAAGCUGACCCUAAACUGUACACACUAGAUGGACAGUCACCCAGCGACAUUGCUUAUGCCAAUGGAUAUCACACUAUCUCUGGGAUAUUGGAAGCUGCUGCCGCAGGAACUCUCGGCAAUAGAGCAGAAUUGCUUUUGUCAAGUAAUGAAGAUGAGAAGGUGGUAGACAACAGUGCUUUAGAAAGAUAUGGUGAGCUUGAGGUAUUACUCUGUGGAUUACAGCUUGGACAUUUGGUUCCAAAAUUUCAGGAACAUAAAAUAUCCUUUGAAGGAUUUGCAAAAAUGACAGAACACGAUCUUGAUCAAAUAGGAGUAACACAAGUAGGUGUACGGCAAAAGAUCCUCGAAGCUGUACGUGAUAUCCAUGUUAAAGAUUGGGAUAUGUCAUCAUUACAAAGACAGCAAAAGAGCCUUCUAAGGUAA